CAAGAAUAUUCCACGGUAAUUAACUCUUUACAAAAUGCGCUCAUCAAAAAGACAUGAUUAAUCUCGUAUGGGACUACGAGCACGGUAUAGUUGAACCUCUAUCAUCGCUUCGCUUCGACCCGUACUCGUCUUUUCAACGGGUGCAACGCGAGCUAAACGUCAAUCGAGCGAAAUAAAGGGCUUGCUGACACAGCAUGCUACUGGAUGACCACACAAUGUCGAUCGGCGAAACAGGUUGGAAAUUCUGUUCGACGCACGAAUCUCCGACUCGAUUGCCUCGUCUGAAUGUAAACUGACGUCGUUGUCCAAUACAUCCUGCUGGUCACUGCUCUCCAGUCAAGACCGUCCAAGAUGAUCAUGCCGACUCCCACCACCAGGCUAGACUACCACCAACGAUCACCCCUGCUAUCACCAUGUUCCGAAAGGCUCUGAUGGCCAUACGGAUUCCGGCUGCCUCGACCUUCUUCUGGAAUUCCGCUCCGGCCUUAUUCUCCCACGGAAACUCCUCGUCUGGCACUGGCUUGUCCAGAAACUUGCAUAGCGGUUCCCAGCCUUGCUGUACUUCCCACUUUAGAUACUUUCUCCCUUCAUUGUUCAAUUUGGACUCCAAAUUUUGAUAGUAAUCCUCUGCCCACUGUUUGCCGUUUUGCUGGAAUCCUCCUGGUCCUUUGCCCAUCAUUGAGAUGCUAAGCACCACUGUCCGAUACCACCAAUACAUCCUGGCAUCCCAACGGCUCAAAACCCAAAAGAUCCAACUCCCAAUGGUCAUCCCGACUGCUUCGUUCAGGCUACGGUGCCAUGCGUUCAUGUCUCUUCGCCUGUUCAAUAUGACCGCGGCGUGAGGGUAAAAGUCCAGUAACUCCUCGGCGAACAGCAGCGGAGGCAUGUCCAUGAUACCGUCACACUCGGCGAGCAGCCUAUCCCAGUCGAAACUUUCCGCCAAGCGCUGGUCGCCGCGCUCUUUGGCUUGAAGCAGCUGGAGCCACAGGGGACAAUCAUUGGCACGCGAAGAGGGCAGGUUGAAGCCGUGCCAGAUGUCGUGGUAUCCGAGCUUUUCCAAACCGAGUUUCAGAGAGUCGGUGCCAGAACGUGGAAGACCGAGAGCCAGGACUUGCAUCGGAUAAUUUGCAGGACGUGGUGGCCUGUUGGGCGUCUUUACAGGGUAGAUGAAUCGACAAACUUGAUCAGUCAUGGUCGCCAUGGCUCAAUGAGGCGAGGAUAACACUUUAUUCAACAGUGUCACGUUCCACAAACCCCGAGCAACAUCGGCUUCAACGUGGCACAAACUGGCCUUGGCCUUACAGGCGAGUAAGGCGUCCAACUUUCCUUAAGAUUGAUCGACAUUGAGGUCAGCUACACUGCCAAAACCAGCAGUGGUUUUCGACCUCUUUCUCACCUUGUCAUGUCGAGUCGACGGAUUUUAUGUUGAGCUCGAGGCAGACAACCACUUGCAAAAAUAGCCUUGAACCGAAUGAAGAGCGUACAUCGAAAGCGUCCUUGAAUCUAGGCUCAUUAUGGCCUAGUUCAGCCUUGUGGCGAUCUUCUUGACUCUAGCCUCAGCCUUGUCAAGCGUUGAUCACGUGCUCGAGCACGCAAUCGACGCUUUCCACUUUUUUUCUCAGUUGGCAGCAUCACCUCAUCUACUGCCGGUCCAGAGCGCAGGAAAAUGUUGUGGCUAGCGGGCGAUGUCGCCCGGACGGGCGCCGUGGAUUUGAAAUUAUUUCUUACGGAGGAGAACGAAUACCUCCUCCUCACUCCUCCGUCUUUCCCAUCCUCCAGGAAGUCACAGUUAGGCCCUUGCUUUGAACAGUGGCCUUGUAGAGGAGAUAUCGAGAUCUGAAGUUGAAAUGGCCUCCUCAAACAGACAGUCUUUCGGCCAGUCGCCGCCCCUGGCUUCGGUUGCAGGACCUACCUACCUGACUGCUCAGACUCUUGUCCAGCAAGUCGCCUAUACUCUCUCGGACAAGAUCUUUUCCUACUCCCCGGAGACCUUCGACCUCGAUGUUGCAGCACGCGCGUGGGCCGAGGCGCAAGAGACGAACGCGAACGGCUACCGGACUGCUGUCCAGUCCAUGCAGAUACGCAACGGAGCAGGGUCGAUUGCUCUCGGCUACAUGUUCUCCAAAGACUUCGACCUGAAGAAGAGACAUAUCCCGCAGGGCUUGAUUGCCCCGUCGUCAGCCUUGACCUUUCUGAGACCUGUACUCGACCAGCUCUCUCUCCUCUACUCUGUGAGCAACCCAUUUGUCGCUCACAUUGCAGCCUUGGACUAUGAGGGCGAACAAGACGGUGGACUGGUCUCCGACUAUGCUACAGCCCUGUCCACAGCGGAAGAUUUGGGAUUGGGAUUGGUGGCCUCACAAUCUGCUCAUGAGGCGCAACAUAUGUCGCUCCUUGCGACCCUCUUGGCGCAAGACCUUCCCACGCUUCACGUGUAUGACGGUCAGAGGGUCGGCCGGGAGACCACUAGAGUCAUCGAUAUCCUCGAUAAGUCUGGUCUCGCAGCUGCAUACCGUGCGGUUCUCAAUGCUGUUCCCGCAGAGGACCGAAAGCACAUGACCUCCGAAGGUCGAGCCCUCAAGACGUUGAAGGCAUUGAAUGAAGAGCUCGGGACGGAUUACAAGCCCUUUGAGUACUCUGGUCACGAACAACCAGAAGUGGUUCUCGUCACCUUUGGCUCAGUCGAGUCGUCUUUGGCAUCUCAGGCCGCCGCUUCUUUGGCUCGAUCCGGUAGCAGGGUUGGCGCCAUCAAUGUCAGACUUUAUCGACCUUUCGCUGAGGACAAGUUCUUGAAGCUUUUGCCUAGCAGUGUCAGAGUCGUGGGCGUCCUCGGACAGGUUGCUGAUGCCCAGGCUGUUCAAGAAGCUGGCUCACAUUCACAGCUUUUCGAAGAUGUCCUGGCGUCCGUCUCCUACGGAAGUUCCUUUCAUGAUGUACCCGAGGUCCGCGAGGUGAAGUAUGCUCGUGCUGAGCGCUGGACACCUUCCUCUAUCUCGGCUACAUUCCAGAGACUGCUUGGCAAAACUCCUGAUGAUCAAGGCCUCGCCUCGUCUCUCGACGAUUCGGUGCAGCAAUACACUUUCUGGAAUGUCGAUGAUGCGCCGUCCGCGGCCGCGGCAUCUUUCCUUGCUCAAGCUCUCGCUAAGGAUUCGGCUCAAAAUGUCACUGUCAACACUACCCAUGACAAUCUCUUGCAGGGUGGCGCGCACAGGAUUGACAUCCGCAAAGGUUCGAUGACCGUUGACGCCGCGUACCCUGUCACUGCAGCGAACACUAUUGUGGUUUCCGACGUCAAGCUCCUGGAGAAGGUUGAUGUUCUGAACUCCGUUCAGAGCGGUGGCAAUGUCAUCCUGCUGCUUCCAGGCAUCAAGGACGAAGAUGUUGAGAAGAAACUUCCGACCUCUUUCAAGAAAUCCGUCGCCGGGAAUGCCCUCAACUUAUACCUCAUCAAUUCGGCGAACACUGGCCUCAACACCGAAGACGCCGAACUUGAGACUCUCACAGUUCAAACUGCUUUCCUCCGCGUGGCACUUGGCAAGUCAGAAGAGAUUGGUCUCCAGAAGCUCGCCACCAUCAACAGCGAUGUGAAGACUCUCGAGCAAGUUGCCGCUGAUCUAGAACAUACUCUUCGCAAGAUCGAGGUGCCUAAGGAAUGGACCGAGCUUGAGGCUGAGAUCAGGGAAAGCCUCGCAACCGACAUUCUAUCAAACAGUUUCGCACCAUUCGACAAGACUGAAGAAGAACCUCCUUCUGUCCUUCGCAGCUGGCAAAAAGCAGCCAAGGGCCUUUUGUUCAAGGAGGCGUACCAAACCGCAAACACCUUGCGCCCAGAGCUGCCAACGAAGACAUUUACCGUGCGCGUCAAGGAGAAUCGCCGUCUCACGCCCAUCACGUACGAGCGAAACAUUUUCCACAUUGAAUUCGACCUCGGUACUUCAGGUCUCAAAUACGACAUUGGUGAAGCGCUCGGUGUCCACGCCGAAAAUGAUCAUGAUCAGGUCAUGAACUUUAUCAAGUGGUAUGACCUCAAUGCUGAAGAUGUCGUCGAAGUUGCAUCCCGAGACGACCCAUCGAUCUUUGAGAACAGGACCAUCUACCAAGCUCUGAUGCAGAACGUUGACAUCUUCGGCCGUCCACCCAAGAAAUUUUAUGAAGCGCUUGCUGAAUUUGCGGACGAUGAGAAUGAGAAGAAGAACCUGCUCACUCUUGCCGGACCAGAGGGAUUCAAGGAGUUCCAACGCCGCGCUGAAGUCGAUACUGUGACAUUUGCCGAUGUACUCCUUGAGUUUCCAUCAGCACACCCAUCGUUCCAUGACAUUGUGCGCAUCGUCCAGCCGAUGAAGCGUCGUGAAUACUCGAUCGCAUCGUGCCAGGCUGUCACACCCACGUCGGUCGCACUCAUGGUCGUUGUGGUCAACUGGGUCGAUCCCAAGGGCCGUGACCGUUUCGGCCAGGCCACCAAGUACUUGAGCAACCUCAAGGUCGGUGCUCCUGUGACUGUCAGCGUCAAGCCAUCCGUCAUGAAACUACCUCCAAAGUCGACGCAACCUAUCAUCAUGGCUGGUCUGGGUACAGGUCUUGCUCCUUUCAGAGCUUUCGUGCAGCACCGCGCCAUGGAGAAGGCCCAGGGCAAAGAAAUCGGGUCUGUCUUGCUGUACAUGGGAUCGCGACACCAACGUGAGGAGUACUGCUAUGGUGAAGAGUGGGAGGCAUACCAGGCUGCUGGUGUGAUUACCCUGCUAGGACGAGCGUUCUCUCGUGAUCAACCUCAAAAGAUCUAUAUCCAGGAUAGGAUGAGGGAGACUCUGGAUGAUAUCACUCAAGCUUACAUCAAGGAAGAGGGUGCGUUCUACCUUUGUGGUCCAACCUGGCCUGUUCCCGAUGUGACGAAUGUCUUGGAGGAGGCCAUCACCAAGGAUGCAAAGGCUGCCGGUGCUAAGAAGGUUGAUUCAGCCAGAGAGAUUAUGAAGUUGAAGGACGACGGAAGAUACGUUCUUGAAGUUUACUAGUAGAAUUUCUAGACCUGUCAACGAUCAAAACUGUCAUAGACAUGGCGCGUUGCCGUUUUGUACAUGAAUAGAACCUGUUUCGCCAUCCUCA